AGAAGAAGAGGAGAGCCAAUCACAAAGCAGGGCAGCAUAUUGAACUGAUGUUUUGAUCCUGAAGUAACUGCGGACUGUGUCAACAACACGUUACUUUACUCUGACAAUGAAGCUGGCGGACAUCAAGAAGUUAAAAGUGGCCGAGCUGCGGUCCAGACUUAAAGAGCUGGGUUUAGACGUGAAGGGGCUGAAGGCGGAGCUGGUGGACCGGCUGUGUUCUGCUCUACAGGCUGGACAAGCUGAAGUAAACGGCGAGGGAGAGCUGACCCAGCCGACACCAUCGGAACCGACCGACACCGUGCACCUCCGCGCUCCGUCCCCAUUACCACCACCACCACCGGCUGAAGCUGUGUGUGUCACUGCGCGGCGUGAAGUAGACCGAGCCAGAGAGUUCACAGACUCUGCCACACAGACAGUACCAGAACCAGAGAGUGUACCGGUGUACCAAGCAGCAGCAGAGGAGGAGAAGGAGGAGAUGGAGGAGAUGCAGCAAGGAGAUGGAGUUCAGUCACCAGAGGAGGCAUGCAGAGGGAGAGCUUUCUACGAGUUCAAGGAGGAGAUACGAUACAAGAGAGCCAAAUCACCACAGCCUCCAGCAGACCGAGAGGAGACGGAGGAGGAAGAUGAAGAUAAAGUCAGACUGGAUCCAUAUAACUCUCACCUCCACUUCGAAGUGGGUCCUGACCGCGCGUCCGGUCAGCCGCGGUUCUGGGCUCGGUUUCCCUCGCUGUGGUCAGGCUGCAGACUCACUCACGGGGUGCUGCGGGGCAGCGUGGGCUUUGAGGUGAGGCUGGAGAGGAAGUUGUUGGCCACACAGCUGGAGGAUCAAGAAGACAUGAGUACCUACGGCCUGAGAGUUGGCUGGUCAACGGACAACGCCUCUCUACUGCUGGGUGAAGAUGAAUUCUCUUUUGCUUAUGACGGGCGUGGUAAAAAAGUAUCAGGUGGGACGGAGGAAGAGUUUGGAGAACCUUUCUCAGAGGGCGACAUCAUUGGCUGUUAUGCUUCUUUCUCCACAGAUGGUGCUGUCAAUCUCUCUUUCCAUAAGAACGGUCGCUUCAUGGGUGUGGCCUUUUCACUGGGCGCCUCUAAAACACCAGAUCAGGCACUGUUCCCUCACGUCCUCUGUAAGAGUUGUUCAGUCACAUUCAACCUGAACACCACUGCUCCUCCCUGGUACCCCAGCCCUCCAGGGUUUACGCCGCUGGCAGCUCUUCCUGCUGGGCAGAGGGUGCGCACCAAGUUGGCUCGUACCUCCAGAGCACAGUGUGAGGUGUUGUUGAUGGUCGGCCUUCCCGGUUCUGGGAAGAGCCACUGGGCCAGGAAUCACAUGAAACAGCAUCCAGAGAAACAGUACAGGCUGUUGGGCACAGAGGAGCUGCUUGCGUGUAUGAUUAGUGGUGGGCAGAGGGAAAGCAGGCUGCAGCAGGCCUCUCACUGUCUAACCGAUUUGAUUAAGAUGGCUGCACAGACUCCUGGCAACUAUAUCCUCGAUCAGUGUAACAUCCUCUUCUCUGCACGGCAUUACAAGCUGCAGCUGUUCACUGGCUUCAGGCGCCGGGUGGUGGUGGUUUUUCCCUCAGCAGACGAGUGGAAGAGACGACUGUCCCAGCAUCAAACAACUGACGGAGAACAGAUCCCUGAGACCGCCCUGCUUAAGCUCCAAGUGAGCUGCAGUCUUCCUGAGCAGCAGAGUGACCUGCUGGAGGAGCUGCAGUAUACCGAGCUGCCUCAGGAACAGGCACAGACGCUCCUGCAGGAAUAUAAAGACGAGGCUCGCAGACUGCUGCCCCCCAUCCUCAAACCGGAGAAGAAGAAACAUGGAGCUCACAAGAAAAGACCCCACCCUCACGGUCCUCCACCCUCACACAGGAUGCACUGGACCAGGCUUAAUGGGUGGAACGACACAAGACUCAACAUGCAGCCGUGGACUCAGCAGCCAAGAUAUUGGAACGUGGCUUAUCAGGACCAGAGCUACUAUUACAGAGACUUUGGUCACGGAGGUUAUGGAGCUUACUGAUGAGGAAACCUGGAG